AUGGCGUCGCCGUUUCUCACCCCCGGCUCCACGGCCAAGGCAGACUCUCUCGCCGUCCUGCACUUGAAGCGCAACCUUCUGAUGCCCGUAGUGCUCAGAGCUCACGAUGACGAAAACCUAGGAUAUGACGAGGGGAAAGUGACCAACACGCGCUUCGGUUCAUUUCCACACAGCACAUUAAUCGGUCAACCUUGGGGUUCACAGAUAGUUGCGUCGAAAGUCGACACAGGUUCGCGCGGGCGCUUAACAAAGAAACAAACUACUACAUUAAAAAGAAGAGCCGACGAAAUAGAUACUUCGGAAGUCAGUUGCGAUUACGACGAUGAUGAGAACACGGAUGCGAAACGAAUAACUCCCAAGGCUGCCGUCGCAGCAGCCAGUGGAUUCAUUCACCUUCUUCCCCCCACCCCCGAGUCUUGGACUGCCUCCCUCCCCCACCGAACCCAAGUGGUAUAUACCCCCGAUUACAGCUAUAUAUUACACCGGAUACGUGCCAGGCCUGGAAGCACACUUAUAGAAGCAGGUGCAGGAAGCGGAUCAUUCACCCAUGCUGCUGCUAGAGCCGUAUUUAACGGAUACCCCUCACAAACAGAUACAGAAAGGAACAAGCGUCUGGGUAAAGUUUACAGCUUCGAAUUCCAUGCGCAACGGGCGAUGAAAGUUCGCGAAGAGAUACGCGACCAUGGUCUGGAAGGUAUCGUCCACGUGAACCACCGAGACGUCUAUAAUGAAGGAUUUUUGCUCCGGGAGGCUUUUACCGGCGAAUCUCCCAGAGCCAACGCUAUAUUCUUAGACCUCCCAGCCCCCUGGCAUGCACUGAAGCAUCUCGUUCGAGAACCAGCGGACGGAUCACCUUCUCCCCUUGACCCGUCGUCGCCAAUCCAUAUAUGUACUUUCUCACCGUGUCUGGAACAAGUUCAGCGGACAAUUAGUGCAAUGCGGCAACAUGACUGGAUAUCUAUAUCGAUGGUUGAAAUAGCGCAUCGGUUUAUUGAGGUGCGGAGAGAACGUUAUGGGACUGAGGGUGAGAAAGGUCGGGGAACCAUUCCCGGUCCUCGGGACGUGGAGGAAUCGAUAGAGAGGCUUCGAUCCAUUGAAGAGCGGGGGAAAGCUUUCCAUGCCAGCCAGGGACAAAGCGAGGCGGAUAGUGAGCCCGUGACUACUUCGAAAGAGGAAACUGAGAAUGAGAAUGAACAGGGUGGCAACGGUGCUGAAAAUAACAAAGUUGUCAGUAUGGUGGAUAUAGAAGAGAACAACAACGACCACGAUAACAUCACCUCCUCACUCCUAUCUGGCCAAUUACAAUUCCAACAAACAACACCUCUGGAACCCCCAGUGCAAACCUACAAACAGGGACACGUAAUCCAUCGCUCCGAACCGGACCUCAAGACACACACAUCAUAUCUUGUCUUUGCCGUUUUGCCCGUUGCAUGGUCCGAAGAUGAAGAGAAACGGUGUCGGGAACAAUGGCCGUCUGUUGCGAAACCGGGAGCCGCAGAUGGGACGACGACCGGAGCGAAGAGCAAAAAGCAGCUGAAACGGGAAGCUAAAGCUCAGAGGAAAACGACGGAGGCGGAGAGGGAGUGA